UAUAGUUCCAGCGAAAUGGCCAGCAAAAAGUUCAGUGACAUCAAUCUAUACGAUCUCUUGGGCAUUUCCAUUGAAGCUGAACAAAAUGAAAUACGAAAGGCGUAUCGUAAGCGAGCCCUCGAUUGCCAUCCGGACAAGAAUCCUGACAAUCCGCAAGCAGCCGAACGCUUCCAUGAGCUGUCCAAGGCGUUGGAGAUACUUACAGAUGAGUCCGCCCGCGCUGCCUAUGACAAGGUUCUGAAAGCCAAGAAGGCGGCGGAACUGAGAAGUCGGCAGUUGGACAGCAAACGCCAGAAACUGAAGCAGGAGCUGGAGCAACGCGAGCGGGAGGCUCUACACAAGCUACAGAAGAGCCAGCCCUACAGCACGGUAGCCCGAAGCGAUGAAGAGCUGCUGCAGGAUCAGAUCGAGCGCCUGAGGAGAGAGGGAUCCCGUCUGCUAGAGGAGGAACAGCGUGCGAUGCGGGAGCAACUGCAACGCAGCCAUGCGGAGCAUCAAAAACAGCAGCAACAGCCAACCAAAUUUGAUUCCGCCCAGCAUCGCAUCAAGAUUAAGUGGAAGGCCGACCCCGGUCAGGAUUACACGCAGGAGCAGCUUCUCAAGUACCUCAAGAAGUACGGCGAAGUGGUUGCCCUGGUGGUGAACAGCAAGCGGCGUGGCCGCGCCAUGGUAGAGCUGGGCACCCGUGAGGCCUGCGAUAUGGUGCUGGCCUACGAGAAGGGCGAUCCCGCAAAGCCUUUGCAGUUCGAGUGGGUUACACCGCCGGCGGCAGAUCAGCCGAGACAAAAGUCAUCCGACGCUGGAAGCACAGCAUCCGCUCGAGAUUACGAAGACCUCGUUAUGAGAAAGAUGAGACAGGCCGAGGAGCGGAAGCGACUAAUUGACCAGAUGAUGAAGGAUGAGAAGGACAACGAAUGAACUUGUUGGGUUACUACUAUUUGAAUCCCACAAAUGAUGUUUAUGAUUAAGCUUAAAUGAAAGCCACUACUUUAUUUAUUUUGAGAACUAAGA